AUGCCACUGACGCUGGUCGUGGACCCGUCUGUGCUCGGCACCUGUAGCGCCUUUGCCCGUGUCUGGGGCGACCGUGUCACGACCGUCAUUGUCCAAGGCGCCAAGGUCCGUAAGGAUCCGGUCCCCGACAUCCUCGCGCGCUGCGUCCACGUCCAAUCGGUCCACAUCGAGUUCUACUUUGUGCCUGUCCAUGCGUAUAUGAACGCUCUCUCGACCAAGCAGCUGCAUACGCUCGAGAUCGAUGAGGGCUGGGGCCACGACGCGGUCAAUGCAUCGGGCAUUGUCGCGUGGCUUCAAGGACCUCACGCGACGUCGCUCUCGCUUGCGUGCAACUCGGUGCGCGAUCCGGCAGCGCUGGCGACCGCGAUCUACGAUUGCUCGCAUCUCACGUCGUUGCGCCUCGUCGAUGCAUUGGACCUGAAAGAAGCCUUGGUGACGUCAUCACGGACCUUGCACCACAUCACGUCCCUCGCCAUCCUCGACGAUGGCUUCGAUGCCCACUUGAACGUCGUUUCGUUCUCGCUCGAGAAAUGCCUAGGCGACAAAGGCGACGACGUGGUCACGACAAGUGUGCUCGAUGCGCUCGCGAUGUGUCCCGCGCUGACGACACUCAGCCUCACCAACCUCGACUUGACGGCCGCGAGCCGGUCGACUGGUUUCUGGCCGCAGCUGACCACCGUGCGUUCGAUUUGA